AUGUCUUACAAAGCCCAAUACAAAAUAAUUAAAGAUAAUGCAAAGUUAAGUGGACGAGGCAGUGACACACAAUGGCCAUUCUUUGAAGCAGUGGAUGAGGCUCUUGGACGUGAUCCUAGUGUAAUACCAGUUGCAAAGGGGUCGUCAUUAAUGAUAGGUCAACCUUCGACUAGUGCUGGACCAUCUGAAGUUGUGGAACUUCCAGUGUCAUCACCAUCACAGUCUACCAGUUCAAGAACUCUCUCUCCAGCUCCAUCAGCAUCAUCCCUUCCACCACCAAGAUCUCAUAAACAGAGGCAUUUAAAAGAACAAGAGACGACACAGAGGAGAGAACAUGUCAUCUCAGCACUAGACAAAUUAGCUGAUCUUGUUGUCGAGAGAAAUGUUGUGUUAGAAAGGGUUAUGCAAUCUUUAACUGACCAGCAUGACCAGUACUUGCAGCAAGUUGCAUUUAAGUUAUUAUUGCUCUAGCUCAGUUCUGUAUGUCAGGAAAUAUAUUUUUUUCGUACUGUAGUCUUUAAGGUUUAUCAUUUCAUCUACUUCAUGCCUUGAAAUGGAAAUGUUUACUUGUUAAUUCUGUAAUGGCAGUUAUAACAAAUUAUUUUCCUUUAACUUUUGGCAGUACACUACAUG